AAAGGCAGUGCUUAAAUGUUUUAAGAGACUCAUUGGUUGAUUGAUAGAGAAAACGUAAUCAAGAUGGGUUCUUCGUCCAACGGAGGCGUGCCACCUGGGUUUCGGUUUCAUCCGACGGACGAAGAGCUUCUCCAUUACUACCUAAAGAAGAAAAUCUCUUACCAGAAGUUUGAGAUGGAAGUUAUCAGAGAGGUUGACUUAAACAAGCUUGAGCCUUGGGAUUUACAAGAGAGAUGCAAGAUAGGGUCAACGCCGCAGAACGAAUGGUAUUUCUUUAGCCACAAGGAUAGGAAAUAUCCGACGGGAUCAAGGACAAACCGUGCUACUCACGCAGGGUUCUGGAAAGCGACGGGACGUGACAAGUGCAUAAGGAACUCUUACAAGAAAAUAGGAAUGAGGAAGACUCUCGUGUUCUACAAAGGAAGAGCUCCUCAUGGCCAAAAGACUGAUUGGAUCAUGCAUGAGUACCGUCUUGAAGAUGCUGAUGAUCCUGAAAGCAACCCUAGUGAAGAUGGAUGGGUGGUUUGUAGGGUAUUCAUGAAGAAGAAUUUGUUCAAGGUAGUGAAUGACGGUGGUUCAAGCAUUAACUCUGCCGACCAAUACAACCAUGAUGCGUCCAACAACAACAACAAACUCCAAGCUCGUAGCUUUAUGCACGGAGACAGUCCAUACCAACUAGUACGUAACCACGGAGCCACGACAUUCGAACUCAACAAGCCUGACCUUGCUCUUCAUCAGUACCCACCAAUCUUCCACAAGCCACCAUCCCUUGGAUUUGACUACUCUUCAGGACUUCAAAGGGAUUGUGAGAGUGCGGCUAGUGAAGGGUUACAAUAUCAGCAAGCAUGUGAGCAGGGUUUAGAGGUCGGCACGUGCGAGACAGGGGCUAAUCAUAACCAUCAACAAGGUAUAGGUGAAUGGUCAAUGAUGGAUAGGCUUGUGACAUGUCAUGUGGGAAAUGAAGAUUCCUCUAGAGGGAUCAGGUUUGAGGAUGGUAACAACAAUUCGUCGGCUGUUGUUCAGCCAGUUUCUACGUCGAACCAGCUUUCGUUGCCCAGUGAGAUGGAUUUCUGGGGUUAUUCUAAAUAGACGAUUAUAUAUCUUAUGGUAAUGACUAUGCAUGUUCCAGAUUACAUGUUUUAUUUAUUUCAUUUUGUUGGGUGGAAGCAAAUUGCUUAUCACAAAAUCCAAAUAUAUCCACUGUUCAAAAGAAUAACAAGGGGAUUUGAUUAUCUUAUUGUACUCAUCACGAUCUAUGUAUGUACUGUUGUUUUCUUUUAUCUUGCGAUGCUUCUAAUACACCACACAAACUUGGUUCUUUUUUUUUUUUAAACAAAUUGUAUCAUGCAGAUUUUAAACAUGAGUAAUGAUACAGUUUAGGAUAGAAUUUGUCUGUAAUAUAAUAUAAUCACUGCAAAUAAAAAAUAAAACCAAAUGAUGAAAUCUGUAUAUGACAAAACGCGAAUGCACCAUCAGAUGGUUAUCCAUUAGAAGCAAUAAUUAAGUACCAUUGGAAUAUAUCAAGAAGAUGCAGAUGGAAGUUUUUUUCACAAUGUCAACAGAGACUCUCAUCAAACAAAG